AUGGCACCAUCCAAGAACGCCCGUAACAAACAGUCUACCCAACCCCAACGAACCGAGAGGGAACCUUCACCCCAACAGAGGAGAUCAGCACGAACACGAUCCCCCUCAGUUCAUACACUGGACCCUAACCUGGAACUCUCUCAGGAACAGCAGCCAUCCCCCUCUCGGAAAAUACAAUAUGUUGACCCCCAACCCUUGCUCACAGCUGAUAUAGCACUCAUAGCAGCUCAGCUGCAACAAACCCUACAACAAAGCAUCAUGCAAAUGCUGACCACCCUCCAACAAGGACAAGGUCAGAAUCAAUUCAACCUCCAGCAACGCGACGACAAUGUCCAAAGACAAUCUCACAGGGAAGAACACAACCCCCGCUCCAAUCAGGGCCAGCCUAACCGGCAAAAAUCAGCAGGUCGGGAGCCUGAUCGGUCUCAAAGGACACCUUCUCGGCAAGAUGAGCGCCCUCCACCCAGGGAGAGGUCGGCCCAUCGGGAAACUGCCUUCCGAAGAGAAGAGACUCACGUCUCCAGAUCACCAAGGGGAAAUCCUGGGCGCAAGCCGGAGGAUGCUAGGAACAUUCUUAACGAGAAGCGCCGUAGUCAAGGGUAUGACGCCCGUUAG